AUGACAGCUCCACCGGACGUCGUUAAGAAGAUUGAAGAAGGUUACGCAAAACUUCAAGGAGCUCAAGAUUGUAAAUCUCUUCUUAAAAAGCAUCUCACAAAAGUUGUUGUCGACAAACUGAAGAGAAAGAAAACUCGUUUGGGAGCUACACUGCUGGAUGUGAUUCAGUCCGGUGUCGAGAAUCUCGAUUCCGGAGUCGGACUAUACGCCCCUGAUGCCGAGGCUUACACGUUAUUCGCAGACCUAUUCAAUCCCGUUAUUGAGGAAUACCACAACGGUUUCAAGGCCACUGACACACAACCUCCAAUGGAUCUAGGAGAAAAGAACGUGAGUGAUACUAGCUGCACCCACCAAAGG